UGUGGCUGUCCUCUCAGUGACCGCUUGCUGUGCUCGCUGUAGUGUCUGCAUUCUUGGCCAGGCACAGCGCCGCACUGGGCACAGAGAGGAACUUGGCAGACACUUCUUCCUUCAUUUUGGAGAUUUCCCCCACCCUCAAUACUAAAAAGAAAACUUCCUGGUCUUGGAUUAAACUUCUGGCCGAGCCCUGGGGUGAGGAGUCUGUGAAUGCCACCAGUUCCAGGUUGGUGCCGAUUGCCUUUAAACAAUAUCUUACUAAUGUAUUGUGUUUCAUUUUAUGCUAAGCAGAGACCCAGGAACCAUGUGCAGAAUGAUUCAUUCUGUCUCAUAGCACAAGAUCUGCUAAAUGUGGAACUAGCUUAGAGUCUGCCCAGUACUACACUCUGAUUUCUUCUCAGAAACGUGUUAUUAGCUUACUUUUACUGAUACACUAUAUAUAACAGCAUGCUGCAAGUAGUAUUUUAUUCUGUUACUUUCUAAAACCAGAAUAUAGCAGUAUGCAUCUUCCAUCUCAGGAUAUAAAAGUAGAUUUCCUGUGGUAUUGUAUAUCGUCUGUACAAGAACAAAUGUGAUUGCUAUUUUUAAAAUCUAUUUAUUCCAUCUCUUAAUUUGGGAUAUUUUACAGCCUCCAUUCCUGGAUACACAACAUGAUAGUUCAUAUUUUUUUUAUUUUUUUUUAUGUUUCCUUUCCCUACACCCCUUAAAAAUAUAUGUAAUGCAGGGUUGGUGAGCAAUGUGUGUUAUUACUUGUCCUGGUGUUACUGUCACUUUUUGUUAGCACUAACCUAAUUCUCUGUAGCAUAGUAUUGAUGUAGUCAUGCUUUCAAUCACUUUAAGUAAGUUAUAUUAGAUUCACAGCAAAUGUUACACUUUGGGCAUUCCAGUUGUUGUGGGUUACAUUUCCAGAUGUUCUCACCUUGGUAGAAGAAUUGAAAUGGCUAAAGUUGACCACCAUUCCAAAUUAUAUGGUGUUAGCUUGGCAAAUUAUUCUUCAGCUUUAAUAUGAACUGUGAUCCAUUCCUCAAGUCCAAAAUAAGUAACAUUAAAGUAAAAUGUUACUUAUACUGUCAAUUCUCGUGGUUUUUAUAAUGUUUAUCUCCUACUGGGAUGAAACUAGGCACCUUUAUCUUCGCACCCUGUCAGUCAUAGAUAUACAUUUCUGUUAUUGACCAUAGUCAGUGAAUAAGCAGAAAAUGAAACACUGUUUAUGUACUCCUCAUUUGCAUUUAGUGCCAGGACUGUGCCUUAUCUAAACAAGACUGGGAUGCAAUUUACGAAAAUAUUUACAUAUACAUUAAAACAAAAAUUAGCAUGAAAUGAAAACACAGGUUAUAGUUGAUUUUCACUGUUUUAUUACAUUGUGUAGUUUUACAAUUCAAUAUUGUGGUGACGUGGGAGUCUCAGGGCGCUGACCUCCAUUUUUUUUGUCCAUCUGUUUGGGAGCAGUUUUACAACUGAUGAUCUGGCUGGUCCCUGCACACUGUCCCUCUUCAACGGAAUUAAAUAUGUGGCAUGUAGAGUUAUGCAUUAUCAAUGUUUAUUUUGUCUAACCUUGACAGAAGCAAUAGGUUAUGGGCACUGAGCUAAAUAUGCCUCAGUGCACACUGGGUGAUGGAACAAAAUGGUUGUGAUGAAUUGACAAGAGAUGACAAAAACUAGACAAGCUGAACUAUUUCUCAUGCUCUGCUUAUUGACAAAACCAGGAAUUAUCAGGAACAUUUUAGGCCAAAGUAAACAAGCUGUGGAAAUUCUUUAAUUCAGUUAUUUUUCCAGCUCCAAUUUUUUUGGCUUAAAAUAUGCCAUUCCUUUCUCAAUUUGCAACAGUUUCCAGUUUAGUUAACAUACUCAAAUACAUUUUCUUGCUAAAAGUUAUGUUUUUGCAGACCUCUGCCUAUAUGUUUGUAAAAAUCUGUUUAUAGCUCAGUAGUCAAAUUCGUGUCAUACCGUGCAUUGUAUGUGGUUAUUUCAUAGCCUCUAAAUAUCCUCCUACUACCAUACUCUCAAAAUAUGCUUAAAAUUAGUAGCAGUUAGUACUUAUAUGUACAGUAAAUAGAGGGUAUGUGUGAAUUAUCUAGUACUGUCAGUUGUUGACUUACACGGAAUUGAAUCAUAAUGAUUCUUUACCCAACCAACAUACCGACCCAACCGGUCAUCUCACAUUACAUUGCAACAGUUUUUUGUAAAAAAAUUUUGGGGGUGGGGAGGUACAUGUUUCCAUAAUAACCAAGUUGAAAUAUCUUUUCCAUCUUCUUAAAUGUGACCUGGAAUUUGCAUUUCCGUGUAAAGCUUUAGAGAAAAUAAAAGUAGAUUGCCAGAUGUUUUAAAAGUACAGCUUCCAUGAUGCUUUUUCAUGCUAAAGGUAUUCUAAAGGCAUGCAAAGCAUCAUGGGAGUUGUAGUUCUACAACAUCUGGGGAUCUACCUAUCAGGCACCCCUACUGCGCUCAUGUCUACCACCAUGAAUAAGAGCAGACAAACAUAACGCCAACAAGCAACUAAAUAAGUAGCUAUGUUAAUGGCUAACUAAAUGAGCAGAACAUCACUGGCCUGCAAAUUAACAUUUGAGAAAGGAGAUGGUGAAGAGCCAUAAUUAGACCUGGAGGAACAGGUCCUGAACCUGGGCUAUCUGUAAAAAGCAGAACAUUUGAAAUAUAUGAAGUUGGGUAUUACAUUCAUGUUCAGUCAUUUAAAGAGACACUGCAGGCACCUUCACUUCCUUUUCUUCCUAAUCUUUGUCUUUAUAAUUCUAAUUAUAGGUGCAGCGAUUUGAUAAAAAUAAAUUAGCUUCAGAUACAAUUCCACAUGCCAAUUUAGGACAUCACAUAGGAAUCCAUACUACCUCAUGCACUUACAUUCUUUUAUACUGAGUGUGCAUAUACCAAACAAGUCCUAAGUAACUCUUUUGGACUGUUUAAAUGAGACAACCUGUAGAAAGGGACCAAAGCUUUUUGGCCAGUGUAUGGAGAGCAAACUGAAACUUCUGUUAGCUGUCCAAGUUGUUUCAUUAAUGUCUUUCCAUGAAUAAAAAGAAUUGACUGGUAAUCCUUACAGUGAAACUUAAAAGACAAAAAGUUGACAAAAUACAACAGUAAGAUGUAGCAGACUAAUUAUAAAAUUAUGGAGAGCAAAAAACGGGUUGCAAGAGUAUUCUGAGAACGGACAGCAGCUGAAAUAGCCUGUCCUUCGGUGGGUCCACGCUCAGAACUCAAGCUGAUUUUAGCUCAUCUUGUGCCAUUACAGAGAGAACAUAUCUGAAGCAUAUCAGACGGGUGCCACCCAUACGGGCAGUCCAUAUCCGAAAUGCCAGCAAGUUCUCUCUGCACGAGAGAUACAGUAACCCCAGAUGAUCGUUUCAGCCUUGUUAGGUAUCAUCAGUAAGGCAUAGCUGAUAUCUCUCUAGGCACCGUGAGCAAGGGGUCCACGUCUGGAUUACCCUUUAAACUUAUGGAGAGCAAAAAACGGGUCGCAAGAGUGUUCUGAGAACGGACAGCAGCUGAAAUAGCCUGCCUAAUUAUAAAAUGAUCUAAAAUUAAUAAUCCUCAUAAAGAGAUUGUUGUUAAAGAGAUUGGGUUUAAAAAAAAAAAAAUAUUCCUUUUCUUUCACUCGUACAUCAGUCACAAUAACAUCAUGAUAACAUUAUCUUAUUUUUAUACAUGAGCCCUAAAUACAAGUGGAUCAGUUAUGAAUAAUUAUGGGGCUAGUGACGGCUCUGUUGUAAGUCAGGAAAUAAAGUCAGAGUAAACAUCUACCACUUAGAGCCAGCUGUUAAUAAUUAAUUAGCUAUAGAUUUUGGAUGCUUUUCAUUGCAUUAAUUACCUUGGAGAUUUCUCAUUAUUAUUACGUUGUACUUUUCUGUUAACUCUAAGUAUUAAUUUGUAAUAAUUACUGUUAAUAUUAACAAUGCAUAGCUUCAAGGAUUACGGCAACAUUAAACAUCAAUGUAUUUAUUUUUAACGUUCGUGUUCUUUUUAAAUUAAGGUAACCAAUUGUUGUUAAAAAAAAGCUAUAAAUCGUACCUGUUUUCCAGCACCAAAAUAAUCUUCUGCAGUUCGAUCCUCACAUUGUGAGAUUAACAACAUGGACGAUCCCUGCUCCAAUCAGUUGGGUUAUGAACAAUGUGGUCUUUUUUUCUUUGUAUUAAGCUUUAUAUAUAUGAAGGGGCUGGUUGAAUUGAGAAAACUGGCCUUGGGUCAGCAGAGAGGGUAAUUCCACCCCACUCUUACUCAGUCACUGCAUGCCCAGCCAAUGUUUCCCUUUUACCACUGCUGCUGAGGGCAGGCGAGAGAAGGUGGUGUGAUCAAUGCUUGGGAACGCAACUUCGGUGUUAAACUCCAGCCCCCUUCAUUGAGAUUAAGUUUUUAUGAGGGCAGAGUUGUCAUUAAAGAUGAUGUUUUUUUGUUUUGUUUAGAGCAGUGGUUCCCAACCCAGUUCUCAAGCACCCCCCUACCAGUCAAGGAUUUAGGGAUUACCCAGUUGUGUCCAGGGCCGGUGCAAGGAAUUUUGCCGCUCUAGGCAAAAAAUUUUUUGCCACCCCCCCAUAUGUCCUGCCCACCAUGUGACAUCACAAUGCCCUGCCCAUAUGCUCUGCCAUUCUUCACAAAGUGUCUUUUAUCUGAAAAAACAGUGUUUACAUUAAAAAGCCUACAGGCACAGGCUAUAGACACCAGAACCACUACAUUAUGCUGUAGUGCUUCUGGUGACUAUAGUAUCCAUUUAAUGUGAGGUAAAUUAGAGAUUAGUGCCACUAAUAAUAUAUUGGAUUGCCUACUUACCACCAGAUGAGGACAAGAGGCUGAUGAUGGGCUCUGUCUGGCUCCACAGGUCUGGUGUAGAAGAGGCUCUCUGGAGACUGUUUUUAACAGUGCUCUCAACAAUUAACGAACAGGAAGCAGCUCCAUUUUUUAGGGCCCCUUACACAACUCAAGGUCUGGGCCCCCAGGGCUUGACCGUGAGUAUGCCUACAAUGCCCACCCAUAAAUCCACCUACAUGGCCCACCCGUGAGUUCUCUCACAGGAAGUGGAGUGUAUGUGAUGUUUUAUGUGUUAUUGUAGAGGAUGCAACGUGUGUGUGUUCUUAUAGAAUGUAGUGUAUAGGGAUACCAAUUUCUGUAAGGGAUGUAGUGUGUGUUUGCGUGUAAGGAAUGCAUUGUUUGUUUCUGGGUGUGUGUGUAAGGGGUGCAAGGUGUGUUUCUGUGUAUUUAAUUGAAUGCAGUGUGUGUCUGUAAGGGGUGCAUUGAUUGUGUAAUAUGCAUUUUGUUUCUGUGUGUAAGAGAAUGAGUUUGUGUGAACGUAAGGGAUGCAUUGUGUGUUUCGGGUGUGUCUGUGUGUGAGUAGGAAUGCAUUGUAUGUUUCUGUGUGUGUGUGUUUGUAGGAGGGAUGCAUUGUGUAUGUGUGUAUGUGUGUAGUGUAAAAGAGAGGGUUUGUGGGGUAGGAUAGGGACUGAGAGGGGAGCAGCUCUUUAUUUAUUUUUAAUUUUUUGCAUAGUGCUCACCCUCCUGUCAAUUAUUGAUUUCCCCUUCCCUCCUGUCCCUUAGUGCUCUCCCUUGGUCCCCUGUAGUCCCCCCUUGGUGGUCUUCUCACUCCCCCUUAGUGGUCCUCCAUCCCUCCCCUUAGUGGACCUCCCUCUCCCAAACCCCUUAGUAGACAUUCCCCUCCUCCCCCCACCCCCUUAGUGGUCCUUACCCUCCUCCCCUCUCCUUAGUGGUCCUUACCCUCCUCCCCUCUCCUUAGUGGUCCUCCCUACUUACCCCCUUUGGUGGUCCUUUCCCCCCUUAGUGGUCCUCCUCUCCCAAACCCCUUAGUGGACCUCCCCCCUCCCACAGUGGUCCUUACCUCCCCUCCCUCAGUGGUCCUUACUCCCCACCCCCCCUUCCCCAGUGGUUCUUACUCCCCCCUCCUACCCCAGUGGUCCUUACUCCCCCUUCCUCCCCAGUGGUCCUUACUCCCCCCUUCCCUCCCAGUGGUCCUUGCUCCCCCUCAACCCCUCCCCCAGAGGUGGUCCCUCCCCCCUCCUACCCCAGUGGUCCUUACUCCCCAGUGGUCCUUGCUCCCCCCUCCUCCCCAGUGGUCCGCCUCCCCUCCUCCCCAGUAGUCCUUACUCCCUCCUGUCCGCUACCCCCGAUUGGUCCUUCACCACCCCCUCCCCGUGGUCGCCCCCCCUCCUGAGGUGGGGUCGCCUGCCUCCCCUGCCCCUGUGGUCGCCUACCCCCUCCCCUCCUUGUGGUCCAUACCCCCCUUCCUUGUGGUCCAUACCCCCCUUCCCUGGUGGUCCUUACCUCCCCCCUCCCCUCCUGGCCCUUACCACCCCCCUCCCCUCGUGGUCCAUACCCCCCUUCCGUGGUGGUCCUUGCCUAUCUCCCCUCACCCUGUGGUCCUUGCCUACAACCCCACCCCCCUGUGGUCCUUGCCUAUUCCCACCCUCCCCUCCCCCUGUGGUCCUUGCGCCCCUCCCUCCUGUGGUCACUUACCCUAUUGCUCCCCUGUGGUCUUACCUAUUCCCACCCACCCCCUCCCCUGUGGUCCUUACCUAUUCCCACCCUCCUGUGGUCCUUACCAAUUCCCACCCUCCCCCUCCCUGUGGUCCUUACCUAUUCCCACCCCCUCCCCUGGUGGUCCUGGUACCCCUGGUGGUACCUCCUCUUUCCUCCCGUAUAUAGCGUGGCCGGGCGGCACGGAAUGCGAGACAGGAACCUCUGUUUCCUGUACCCGGCCGCCGGCGGACUGACAGGAAGUGCUCACUGAGUGAGCACUUCCUGUCAGUCUGCCGGCGGCCGGGUACAGGAAACAGAGGUUCCUGUCCCACGUUCCGCGCCGCCCGGCCACGCUACAUUGAGAGACCGGCAGGAGGGAGCGCUCUGCGCUUCCCUCCUGCCGGUCACUCAAAUCCAGCCGCCCUCCACAGCAGUGCUGCGCCGCCUGAGGCUUGUAAAAGCGCUCAGGUGGCGCAGCAUGAUGAGCCGCCGGAGGCAGGGAUCCGGCGCCCCCUGCUUAGAGGUAGCGCCGGCCCUGGUUGUGUCUAAGGUGUUUUUAGAAAAAACAAAAAAACACUUUAGACACAACAGGGUAAUAAAGGCUAAAUGCUGGACUGGUAGGUGGUACUUGAGGACUGGGUUGGGAACCCCUGGUUUAGAGUGUCCUUUUAAAGGGAAACCGUCACUUCUUAAUUAUGUAUCCUCAACCUUUGUAUUUAACAAUUAAAUAUUUGUGUGACGUGAAAUAUAAAAUUAAAUGUAGCUAUCUAUAGCCCUUUAUCCUGAAAUUGGGCACCUCCAUCUUGGUUCCCGUCAAGCAGUUUUUAUAAGCUCUGUAUUUUGCAACUGGCCUAAAUAAAAGUUGAGAAAUUAAACAAUGUUUCUGUUUCUCCUCCUCAUCUGGGUGCCUUAAAUCUUUCAUAAAAAUGUGUACAAAGCAAAUUGAUGCUUUUGCUGUAUUGCAUGUGACCCAUGCCCUGACCAAACUAUACAACAAAAUCCACAUCUAAAACUCUCAUCUUUAUGAAUCUUACUAGAAAUACCUUGUAAAACAAGCAUGUCAAACUCAAAGUCUAGCACGGGCCACAUAAACAAGGUUUAAGUUCAUGUGGGCCGCAAAAAACAAACAAACCUUAAAUUUUCAUAGAAAUUGGAAUUUUGAAAAGUACAGUAUAAUAAAAAAAAACAGUAUCCCCCUCUAUUAAACCACAGCACCACCCUCUACUAAAUUCCAGUCCCCCCUCUACUAAAUCCCAGUCCCCCCCCCAUAUACUAAAUCCAAGUCAUCACCGUCUACUAAAUCCCAGCACCCCUCCUCUAGACAACAAGCAGACUCCACUCACAUUGCCGCUGCCAGUAUGCAACUCCGGCCUCUGGUAUACCCCAAAUGGCGCCGUCCGCACCCUGUGCCAAAUCUGAUCCUCCCGCUACUUAUUGAAACCCUUUGAAGGUGGAGCACGUCGGAAUGUGACGUGGCACUGUGUGCCUCCAUGCACCUCCAGGUACUCCGCUGUCCAGUCGCAGUCAAUUUACACACACAGACACUGACAGACACACACACUUACAGACACACUCACUAACAGACACACACACACACUGACAGAUACUCACUGACACACACACACACACACUCACUGACACACACAUACUCACUGACAGACAGACACACUCACAGACACACACAUACAUACAGACACACACACACACACACUGACAGAGACACACCAUUUUCUUUAUUGCUCCCUAUCUUUGGGAGCCAAUGUGGUGCCUCUCCUUGGGGUCCAGGAGGGAUCUUCUAUCUGCUCCUCACUGUUCCCUAGCACGCAGUUUAGUGAUGCCAGGUGCUGGAAUAUGACAUCAUAUUCCGGCGCCCGGCUUCACUACAGAUGGUGCACGCAAGGGAGCAGUGAGGAGCAUAAACGCUGUGCUCCCUCGCUGGCCCUCCUCCCGGCCAGUUAAAUGAUGGCAGAGUAGGCACCUACAAUGUGGGGAAAGCAGGUGCUUACUCUGCUUUAACACCAAGCAUGCACAUGCGGCUUGCAGUAAAAUAUUAGACUAAAUCAGUACUUUGUGAUACCUUUUUUUUAUUGGACAAUCAGAAUUUUGGAUUGACACGCUUUCAGGAGAUCCUCCUUUCUCAAGUCUCAAUGCUUUAGAUUUGAGAAAUUGAGGUAGUCCUGAAAGCUUUUCAAUCCAAAAUUCUGGUAGUCCAAUAAAAAAAGGUAUUACAAGGCACUGAUUUAGUCUGUUAUUUUACAUCUGCAUCACGGCUAAUACGGCUACAAUCUCCACAAGAAUUACCCACCAGUUUUGGCACUAAAACUAAUAAAAGCAAUUAAAAUCUCCUCACAGCAAUAGCGAUACACACUAACAAUGCUUCUCUGUAAGAAGCACUUACUUCCACUUUAAACUGGAAUUUAAAGUGAGUGAAGCAGGAUACUUGACAGUCAGGAGGUGUUAUGAAUGGGAUUUAUUAAAUUGCUUAUUUCUCUUGAAAUCAACAUUUAAAAAAAAACUAAAUUAGUAUGCAGGGGAAUGCAGUUAGCCUUUAUGCAGGUCAGCAAGCUAAAAUGCUUUAGGUGACAGCUGUCUCCCUUUUUAACAACAAUGAAGAUGUGGAAUGUAAAAUUCAAUUGAUUGCCUUUAAAUCAACAUUCAGGUGAGAACAUGGCGAUGCUGGAUCGGUUGGUCAGGUUUACUUAGGUUAAAGUGAGACAGCACCCAGACACUCAAACUCCCAUAACAACUUCACAGAGUUGAAGUUCCUUUGGGUGUUAGUAUUUCUUUAAAAAUGUCAGAUUUGUAUUUUUUUUUAAAACAGUAUAUUCAAGGAUAUAACUGUUAAUAUCCAAGAUAUUAACUGCUUGUUGAUCCAAGGAGGAAUUUGAUUGCAACUUUGAAGUUCAAUAAUGUGGUGGGGGUUUUUUUUUUCAUUAAGCAACACAAUUGGAAAUUGAUCCAGUUGCGUCCAGGAAUGCAUGAGAGGUUGAAUUUUAUGGAUUUCAGGCUAUUUUUCCAGUAUAAUUUUUAUUAAACGAUAAAUGGAGGGAUUGCAGGGAUCAGAGUGAAAGGGACAUUUAGAGAUUAAUGUGAACAAUCCCAUAUAUGUAAGAAGAAGUGAAAAAAAAAAAGAUAUGCACACAGGUGAAAAUAUAAGAUAACUACAAAAUAAUUUAAUCGUAAAAGAAAAAACAUAACUAUGUGAAGAUGCCUAUGGAUUACAUUCCAUAGUGCAAAGGUCACAAGGUACUUUUGUAGGUAAAAUUUUUAGUCUUUAAACAUUCUAGAACCAUAUCCAUGUGACAAUGGUUGUUUUGGUGGUGAAAAGCUAAAGGCAGAGGAAUAUUCUUGGAGGCAGAACUAUCAGUGGAGAAUAUAUUGUAAGGUAUAGAUGUGAUUUCUUGUGCCAUGGUAUACACGUAUGACCGUAGUGUGAAUUUUUUCGGAUGUGCUCAUCACACGUGAUGACAUGUUCUGCAUCACCUACAGCAUAAUGUAAAAAUCAUGGAGCAUAUAUGUGGCACCCGUACAUGGAUACCAAUGUAAUACUGUUAUAGCCACUAGCUCAGUUUGGUUUGUGCAAUGAUAAAAUUUACAGGUGAAUGCUUUUCUCCACGUGUUUUACAGGAACAUAGUUUAGUUUCUUAUUCCCAAGCCAAGGUGAUUUUUAGCUUCAGGCCAGGGAGUCCUAAAAUACCCAGUAACAAAUGCAACUGCCUUAUCGCCUCGAUCCAUAUAUAUAACUAUGUAAAUUGAAAAUUCUCAUGAAAUUAUAGCUACAUGUCUCCAUCUUUUCCUCCCACGGGAUCUUAGACAUCACCGUAUCUUGGCUUUGAUAGAGCUAAAUUCUCAAUUCUAAGAAUUUGUAGAAUAUUACCAUCUGAUGUUGCUUUGUACUGAAACAAAUUCAAAAAAAUCUCCUCUGCUACGUGGUUAAAACCCCAGAGGGCUUUAAAUAAGAUAUCAUAGUCAGAUAUCAGACUCUGUAAAUUCAAAUAUUUUGACGUUGAAUUUUUCAAUUGUAAUUUACAUAAAAUUUUAUAUUAAUUUAUAGGCACAUCCUGCUACCCAAUUUACAUAACUAUGGAAAGAGUAAGACAGUGUUGUACAUUAUCCCUUAUGCUUUUCAAUAUAGUAGUUCGUUUUAUGAAAACACGGUUUUCAGUUAGAGUAAACCUUAUUCUAUCUCCCCCAAUCCAAAAAGGAAUAAAAACUAGUUAAAACACACUUUCUUUUCCAGCACUACUUCAGCCCGCUCCUCCUUGGCUGACGUCACUCCCCUUUGCUGGAUGGGUAUGAAUGUCAGGGAGGAUGGACUGAGGUGGGGUAAGGAGGGUAGGGCAACAGAUGCCAAAUAUGCACAGAAUUCACAUUAGCCAUCCUGGAACCUAAUCUUGGGUGGGGCACUGGUAAAGGUGUGAUAGAGGCUUUAAUUGCUGAGUUAGGGGCUGUAGUAGGGGGUAGGAGUUCUAGUGGGGGGACAGGGGCUGUGCUGAGGGUUAGGAUAUGUUUGGAGAAUAGGGGCUGUAUUGGGGGAUUGGGAUGUAGUGAGGUGGUUAGGGGCUGAAGUAGGUGAAUGGUUGCAACUGGGGAAAGGGGCUGUAGGGUGGGGGAUAUUUGGCUGCAAUUGGGGGAGAGUGGCUGUAGUGGGGAGGAUAUGGGACUGUAAUGGGGGUAAGUUUUGAUUGGGGGGAGGGCGGAGGGCACUGCAUGAUGUUGGGGGGACAUGAUUCUUCAGUUGCUGGUCAUUUUUAUAGUGUUUUAGAAAUAUUUUUUCUAGAAAUCAUUUUACUACCUCUAACAACACAACUUCCUCUGGUAUCAUACAUUAUUUUACCCAAAAUAUAAUCUUCAUAUUUCUACGCUGCUGGAAACAUUCUUCCUACAACCAAAUGUUUGCCAUCAUGUAUCAAGAGAUGGCAAAAUAUUACACAAUGACUGUAUUUCACUGUAUCGAUAAUUCCAGAUGGGAUUCACCCAAAUCUGAAGUUUCAAGGCAAAUCUAUAACAUUUUCCAGUGUGCUCCUUUUUUUUUUUUUUUUAUAAAUUCUUUAUUUUGAAAGGUUUUGUUUUUUUGGGGGGUGAGGGUACAGAAGAAGAAGAAGUAGGAGUUCAGGUAGGUGGUAUAUUGAUCAUUACACAGACAUUUGCUUUUGAGGCUGUCAAACAUUCUAAACAUAAGUACAGUCUUUUUAACCUUGGUCUCAACAUACUUUGUUUUCUUGUAGAUAUCUUCCCCGUUCAUAUUGUCUUUAAUUGUACUUAGUCUCAGGGUAGGGGUGGAAUACAGAAAGGAAAAGGGAGGGAGGGAGGUAGGAUACCCUGUCAUAUACAGUUCUCGUUUUGCCUUUUGUUACAUUGAUGUUGACAAACCGUUUAGUGGGCAGAUUCUUGUUGUGGUGGUUGGUGCUCAGGGCGGGGGCAACCAGGAGGGGGGUAGGGAGGGGGAGUUCAGUGGUGGGCUUUUGUAUUCUGGUUGUCUGUUUGCGCCCUUCCUCUUGUGGUUACCUUAUGUUCGAGGGGUGCUUUGAGCCCCUGUUUGUGGCUUUUGUGAUAUUAGGUUGGGGUGCGGGUCUAUGCCCAGUGAGGGUCUAUAGUGGGGGAGGUCGAACCCCAUCCCUUUUUGGCUAGAAUCUUCAUUGUUUUCCUGUUGUGCUUUUGCGGGGGUAGGGGUGGUGUACUUUAUGACCUUAGGAGCGGUUUUUCUUAUGCCCUGGGGGGUAUUGGUGGAGGGUUGGGGGGGUUCAGGUUGAGUGGUUGUAGUCCCUUCUUUAGGGAUAUUUGGCGUUGUGUAUGUUGCCCUUGCGUUUCAUUGUUUUGUCUGUGUUUUCUGUUAGUAUGGGGGGGUGGUCUGUGUGGGUGUGGGGGGGUGUGUGGAUUGUGUUGUGGGUAGUAUUCAAGUGGGGUUCGCCUGGGGUGGUGUCGUCUAAUGAGGGGGGGGUUUCUCUGGGGAUUGUUUGUCCCCGGUGGUGUUCUGCUUAUGUGAUGAGGGGGAAUUCCACGAGCCUAGGGUCCCAUGUUUUGUGGUAGGAUUUGGUGUUGUCGUGGAGUGCCGAAAGGUAAUCAAUUUCUCUUGUUUCUUUAACCUUCCAUGUCACUGUGGCCUGGGAGGGAAUGAGGUGGAAUUUUGUUGCUGUUUUGUCCCAUAUUUUUAUGGUCAUGAGAAUUGCUGGGGAGGUCGGGGGCAGUGGGGGUCUUGCGUUUUUGGGGAGCCAUAUGUACAGUGAUGGAAAAUCCCAUCCCAUGAUCGUGUGGUGCUCCUUUUUUUAAAAACUCACACCUCACAAACAGUGACUUGAUUGACGCCAACAUCAGACUGAAGUCAUCAAUCAAGUUAUACUGCUGGGAAAGUUAGUUCAGAAAAAAAAAACCCUCAAACAAUCCUGACUGAUCUGUUUUAAAUAUGUAUUGAAUAGAUCAUAAAGGGAAGACAGAGUUCAUUUACAUCUAACGUUUCACAAUCACACAUUCUACUGGGACAUAUUCAUGAAUAAGCAGCCCUAUACAUUCUACUCUGUCUUGUGCCUGUUGGAAAAUCUGGGACGUGACAAUUAGCUGCUGUUGCACUGUGUGACUCGCAGCUUCACUUUCUAGACAGUUCUGUGAAUUUGUUAAACUUUAGUAGAGUGCAGUAGUGUGGCCCAUGUCUUUUGCGUGCUUUAUAUUCUUGGAAGAGUGUUUCUGCGAAAGGUCACAUGACGGCUAGAAAAAACGUGCAGAACUUCCAUGUCUACUCUCUAAACAGCGUGAGUAGCCACAAAAUUGCUGAAAUCAGUUAAUGUUGGAAGUCAGUUUAAAGAUCACUCUUCACAGACUGGUUUCCUGGUGUAACUGAGCUCAUAUAGAGCACCUAUCUCCCUAAGUGCUAAUAAUAUACGACACUUGGAAAAUAGCAGACGUGGGCCUUUAUAGCUGCCAACGGAGACACCGUGUCGCCAUAAAUUUAAAGAAAAUGGUUAAAAAAAGAGAUGGUGGAGUCUGUGAGACGAGACCUUAUCAUGUCAUUAGAGAGACAUUGGCUCUCAUACUGAGAGAACUGAUCAAUUCUCUCCAUUUUAAAAAUAAGCUAUUAAGUUUUUUUAAAAUGGGUCCCCCAGAACCCACCAAGAACAUAGGAGAGGCCCAGUAAAUGACCCAUCUGUCCCCUCCACCCCAUGGGCUGCAGUAAUAUAGAAUAAAGGAGCCAACGAUGACUAAUCUAUAGGUCCUGUCAUAUUAUUCAUCCCAAAGGUCCCCGGAGAUGCCCAGUCCACAUGGGUUCAGUGUAGAACCAAGCAGUUAUAGCACUGGCACUUCAACAACUUAAAGAAAAAAUAUGGUUUAUUUUCUUACUGCUUCUUUAAUCAUUCAUACACUCGGGCUGCAUAUCUCCUGCUGCCCUCUCUGCUGCUCAUAGUUGUGCAACAGGUCUUUCUGGGUGUUUGUUGUGACAGAUCGAUUUCUACUUUCUGCAUUUCACAUAGAAUAAGAAUUUGUAACUAGAGCUGCUCUGCAGGAACGUGCUACAAACAUAUACUUUAUUUAUAAAAUGUGUAUAUAUAUAUAUAUUUUUAUACAAUACAGUUUACAUACAGACACACACAUAGAAUGCAUAGUAAAGUGUGAAAAAUAACAAACUUUAAAAUGACACAUAAAAUAUAUAAUGUAUAAAAUAAAUAUAGAAACAUUUUAAAUAUAGUAAUUAAUACUUUAAAGCAGCUCUGUCACCUGGUGACAUUGGUGACAUUGCUUCUUGGUGUUCGCUGGGCCGAGGGUACAGUGCAGAUGAGAGAUACUUACUUGAAGCUGUUCCUCUCGGACGCUGCCAUCUGCUGUCAGGGUACACUCCUCAGCUUCUUGUGCUUCAUCAUAAUGCAUAAGAGUACAACACUGAUGUCUAUGAAGGAUCCCAUAGGAACGCAAGAGCCUUUUCAAAUAUUGCCACACAGUCAGCAAGACAAUACCUUUUUCCCUCAGGUGCCACUAGUGACGGCUGUGGUAAUUGACAAAACCUGACUGUGGAGCUCCACCGUUUGUCCAGUAUGGUCAAUUGGAAGGAAAUACGUAAGACUAAGUAAUCCCUACUUUGUUUUAAGAUAUCAUUUGACUGUGUAGGAAUUUUGUGAAAUUCCAACGCAGUAAAUGUGAAAUACUUCAUGAAGUACUCAGUUUGGGGGAGCGGAUGACCGAACAGCAUUAAAGGAACACUCCAAUGUUAAGACCGAUAUUUUAGAAUUGAAAAACCUCUUGAACUCGUAUCUUUUAUGAAAUGGGAGAAGGGCCUUGCAUUUAACCCCUAACGCACUUCAGCAAGCUGAAAUAAAGGUGUAUCUUUAUUAAAUGAUCAGCAUAUCUUCCCAAUGCAUCUUUGCUAUUUAAAGCAUUGACUAGUACCAACAACUGCUUCUUUAAAAAAAAAAAAAAUAUAUUUAAAGGACCACUAUAGUGCCAGGAAAACAUACUCGUUUUCCUGGCACUAUAGUGCCCUGAGGGUGAGAAGCGCGGAAGCGCUUCUAGCGGCUGUCAGUGAGACAGCCACUAGAGGCUGGAUUAACUCAUUUGUUAACAUAGCUGUUUCUCUGAAACUGCUAUGUUUACAGCAGGCAGGGUUAAUCCUAGAUGGACCUGGCACCCAGACCACUUCAUUAAGCUGAAGUGGUCUGGGUGCCUAUAGUGGUCCUUUAAAGGGGUAUUCAGUCUAAGACUAAAUAUCCCUUUGAUUUGUGAUUUACUAUGCCAAUCGAGAAGUUCGCAAUGUAUUCUCUGAGAUAGCUAGUUUCCUGGAAACUCAGUCAGGCUGUCUCUCUCUGCUGUUUGUUUGAUAAACUAAUGGAAGUUCCACAUAGGGUUUUCAAAAACCACAACAAUAUGUGCUCAUAGAUUUCGAACGGCCUGGAAGGUGUCCUUUUCAUCAGAAAGAAACUGAAUCAGUAAUAACUUUUUUUAAUAGUUCUGUCUUACUUUUUUUGUCUUUACGUUGGACUAACUUAAAAAAAAUUUUUUUUCCCGUAGAGUACAUUUCCUGGAGUGUUCAGUGACUGUGCGUUAAACAGUUCAGCAAUGAGGUCACUGCUCACAGCUUGUGAUGUCAAACCUUGACGAUGGAAUCCGAAACCAAUAGAAAUCAGUCCUACAUUCAUUUGAUUAGGACAAGCCGGGAAUUGCUGGUUGAAAAGAUCAAGAACACCCAGUGUUUGCUUCAUAACUUGAUUAAAAAUGGAGUAUUUUCAACCGAAGAUGAAGAAAUUGUGCUACAAUUUCGGACAAGAGCAGAUAUGGUGAGUUAGUCCCCAAAAUAAUAACAUGAACUUUUUUUUUUUUAAACUAUAGUUUAUUAGUGGACAAGUUAAAGGAACAUUCCCACAACCAUAAAACCUUUAUCUUGUUGGCUGACGGAAUGUUUGGGCAUUGUCUUCUCCUCUGGGGUUGAACUGUUUACCAGUGUUGGAAAAACAGUGUUAGAAUGAUGUUGCAUCAAUAUUAAAUGUGUUCAUUAUGCUAUAGGUUCGCCAGAUUCUGGAUUUGGUGGAAAGUAAAGGAGAAGAAGCUUCAGAAUAUUUGAUCAGCGUCAUCCAGCGAAUACCGGAGGCAUAUUAUCCUCUGCAGCCGUGGCUGAAGGAUAUAGGCUUUCAAGCUUCAGAUAAAAUACAAAAUGUACAGGUUAUCAACACAGACCCAGGUACAGGGGGUCUAUACUUUUUUUCUUUUAUUAUCGUGGGUUAGUCAGUGAGAUUCUUUCUAUUUAUGUACUAAACAAUUAAUGCAUCCGAGGUUCGCCUUCAAACAUUUAGGAAUCUUCUUUUAAAAACGUACAUAAAGAAGUAAAGUAAAUUGUAGUUUGUAGAUUCUACAAUUAUUAUCCCCUCUCAUACAACACAUCAUCACUAAACAUCUGCUGGUAUCUAGCUGCUUAGUACAUUUGGAUGUAGGCUGUAUUGACACUUUUUGCAAGUGUUAUCUGUAGAAAAAUAAAAGGGUAUGUGAUUAGUGUGAACACUUCCUCAUCUAACAUUUGCCCCCAGAAGUGCUAUUUAUACAUUGUAUUCUAUGCUAACCAUCUCCUUAAAGGAACACUAUAGUAUUUCAAAAACACUAUUUAGGUGACCGCACUGCCCCCUUUAAAAGGGGUUAAAACACACCAUUAUUAUAGUACCUUUAUUCCACAUCUGGCUCCGGUUACACGCUGAGAUCAUCAAAAUUUACAAUUCCAGCCAAUAUAAUACUUUCCCAUAGGAAAGCAUAGGGAGUCUGUCGCAUGUGUGGCAAAACACUGUGAUGCGCCAAUCAACAUCUACUCAUAGAAAUGUAUUAAAUCAAUGUAUCUCUAUGAGGACUGUUCAGUGCCUCCAUGAGAGAGUGGAGAUGUUGAAUAUCAGUGCUGCACCCAGGAAGCACCUCUAGUGGCUCUCUGAGUGACUGACUCUAGAGGUGUUCCUAGGAAGUAAUGUAAACACUGCCUUUUGUCUGAAAAGGUAGUGUUUACAUUAAAAGUCCUGCAGGGACAGACUAUGCACACCAGAACCGCUACAUUAAGCUGUAGUUGUUCUGAGGACUAUAGUGUCCAUUGAACAUUUCUCCUUUCCAUUGUAGCUUAAAUUUUUAUUUACCCCUGAAAUUUAGUGAGUAGCUUUUCACACUACAUCUUGUGUGUUAUGUUGUUGUUUUUUGUACUAUAAAAACAAACCAGCUACCACAAUCCUGUCUCGUUUGUGGCACGGUUCCUCCUAUUACUGAAAUACCAGUUCAACUAGUAACCGUUUUCUUUUCUGAAUGAUCUCCCAGGCUUGUUGACCGAAUACUUUACAAAUGUAUUCACAAAGAGACAAAAGAAGACUUUUCUUUUUUAAUGCUUUUUUUUAGAACACGAAAACAACUGCACUGGAAUCUAGGCAGCUUACACCCCUAAAAGUGAAUUUCGAAUUCUAGGGCAGAAUUGCCAAACUAAAAGCUGAGCUGACUUGGCGAUUUUUUUUUUGCAAUUCGGCUUGAUUGUCCAAAACUUUUAAAAUCACUUUAAAAUGUUGAAUUGCCCAAAAAUGACAUGUUGUCACUGUGGAGCCAUUCUCCUCAUGAUUGUUAUUGUACAGUUUAUGUAAAAGAUUGACCCGUUUCGUUAUAUUCUUUGGACACACUUUCUUUUUUUUUUAAAUAAAAACUUUGUUUACAAAAAUAAAUCCAACCCUUGUACGGAAGUUAAACUGAUAUCAUUCAGAGCAAUUCCUGACCAUGCUUUUGUAAUCAAUCAAGAUAUAAAUUUGCCAAAGGUUUGCUAAACUGCUCUUAUUUGUAAAUACAAAAUACAACAAAACAAACAGAAAAUUAACAUUGUAAAAAGUUAGAAAGAUUAAGUGAUCCAUGUAUUAGGGAGCAAAUGUUGGUUUGUUCACAAGCAAUCUGCAAACAUUGGGUCAAAGAGGAGAGUCGGAUAAACAUCCCUUUCAGCCGAUCCUGUUGUCAGCUAACGCAAAUUACUGUUUACUAAAUAGAUCUAAAUAAAGUCGAACAAAUCUAACAUACAAAUAGGAAGUACAGCUUAAAUAAAUUCUGCCGGUGUAUUCACAGGUAAUCUAUAUUUCUGAUUAUUUUUUGUUUUGUAUGACAAGGAAGGUAAAAUCUAUCAACAACAUGAUAGUCGGAUCCCUAUACUUGGCCAAACAAUAUAUUGCAAAACUGUUAUUCUUUAAAAAUCUGUGGUAGCUUGGAAUCAAUGGACCACAAGACAGUAUUCUUUAAUAUGUCCGUUGUACAGGCCAUUCUUAUCAGUAUCCUGCAGUUACAGUAAGAUUAUAUAGUUUUUAGUUACCAUUGUAUGCAAAACGAGAGAGGAUAUUAUUGUUUAGUUUUUGUGUUGACUAAGAUUUAAUUUUUUUCUGUUGGCAUUUAAUAAUGAACACAUUUUUGUAUCUUCCAGUUACAAGCUACAGCAAGAAGCUUAAACAGGAGUUGCGUAGAGAUUGCAAGAUCAUCAUGUCUUACAGCCAGAAGGAAGAGAUGAUGCUUCAGGAAACCUAUGUUAAUGGUGUUAUGGAGCUCCUAAAUAUCUCACAGGAAACUAUCGGAAAUGUGGUAAACCUUACUUGUCUCUUUGACAACAAUGGUGUGAUCAACGAAGAAGGAGAGACUAUCUUCAUUUUUGGUGAUGCCGGCAUGGGGAAGUCCCUCUUGUUACAAAAAAUUCAAAACAUGUGGGCUAAAGAAGAAUCCUACACUGAUAUUAAAUUCUUGUUUAGGUUUAGAUGUCGUAUAUUUAGCUUUUUUAAAGCAAAUGUCAGUAUAUCUCUGAAGGACCUCCUCUUCAGAUAUAACUGCAACCCGGAUCAUGAACCUGAAGAUGUAUAUGAGUACAUACUUAAUUUUCCAGAGACAGUGUUGUUCACCUUUGAUGGCUUUGAUGAGAUACGUUCUGAUUUUGAUAUAAAUAGUAUUCCUGAAGUUCCCUCUCCCAGUGACCCUGCCCAUCCUGUUGCCUUGCUCACCCACCUCCUCAGUGGGAGAUUACUGAAAGGAUCGAAGAAAAUUUUGACGGGAAGAACUGGAUGUCAAGUCCCGGGAAAUAUGAUCCGCAAGAAAAUCAUGUUAAAAGGUUUUUCUACAAGUAACUUGCUGGAAUAUGCUAAUUUAUUCUUCAAAGAACCUGAUAUUAAAAAACAUGUGUUUACGCACCUCAAUGCAAAUCACAACUUCAGCAGCUUGUGUACAAUACCCUUGUUUUGCUGGAUCAUAUUUAAGUCCUAUGCACAUUUUUAUUCUAUGAACGACAGCCACUGUUUUUCAAAAUCCAUCACUCUAUCCAUCAGCUCUGUCACUCUAACAGACAUCUUUCUAGUUCUGGUCGAAGUUUACCUUUCCCUGAUGAGUAGAGAGACCAACAGAAGCCAAGUGGAAACAUACAAGGGCUGCAGAGAUACUUUGUUGUCAGUUGGAAGACUUGCCUACAGUGGAAUAGAACAGUCGAUGUUUGUUUUUGAACAGGAGACCAUAACAUCUCUAAAAGUACCAGAAAGAUACCUCAAGUUAGGUUUCCUUAGAACAGUCGAAGAAUGUGGUGAACUUGGUGAUGAUUCCUCUUACGAAUUCUUUCAUGUAACACUGCAGUCUUUCUUUACAGCACUUUUUCUUGUAAUAGAUGACCAAACGGGUACUACGGAACUCCUGAAAUAUUUUUCCGAGUGCUCCCACUCGAAGGACAUGGAACAUAACCAUUCGCUUUUGUCUUGUGUAUGUUCAAAAAAAGCCAACCAGGGGGAUCCGUUCAAAAAUAACGACCACCUUCAGUUCAUCAAUCUUUUCCUUUGUGGUUUGCUGUCAAAACCAAAGCAAGGACUUCUAGCAAAUUUGGUCCCCUCCUCCACUCUCAAACUUAAGAGGAAGGCACUCAAGCAGAAACUUGUCCAGUGUGUGAGAUCUCACUUGAAAAGUCUGCCGCGUUCUUCUUUUAUGGGAUAUAACCGUGUCCAUGCACUUACUCACUUUAUUUGGAUGGCACGGUGUAUAUUAGAGACACAGAGUGUGAAAGUGGGGAAGCUUGCAGCCAAAGGAAUUUGUGCAGACUAUAUUAAGCUUAGUUUCUGUGGUGCUUCUUCCUCUGAUUGUGGAGCCAUCUCCUUUUUAUUGAACCAUUAUAAAGACAAACUUGCUCUGGAGCUGGACAAUAACAAUAUCAAUGAUUAUGGGGUGAGGGAGCUGUCGCCCUCCUUUUGCAGGCUUUCUGUGAUUAGGUGAGAAGAGACAUCGUUAUCCAGAGGUCAUGGGAGUAGAUUUAAAGAGUUCUAGAAUUAAUUUAUAGCGGAUGUUGUCCUAGUUAAAUCCCCCUCUCAUGACAUUGUAAAGCACUACGGAAUCUGUUGGCGCUAUAUAAAUGGCAAUAAUAAUAAUAAUAAUAAUAGUAGUGAGGUUUUCUUUUAUCUUGUUGAAUUCCAGGUGGCGGGGAGGGGAGGUUGAGCAUGAUGGCUGUUGUAGUCCUGAAGAAUGUGAGAGUUAACGUUUGGAAAUGCUUUGUUUCUAAUAUAAAAAGACAGACCUAUAUUACAAGUGUAGCAGUGGUGAUCUCAAAUAACUGUUUCAUAUAGGAUGGUUUAAGUUCUUAGUUUUAAAACACAUGGAAUAGAUUAAUGACUAGCCCCAUAAACAUACCUCCCAACAUUUCAGAAGGGCAAAGAGGGACACUUUAAUUUGUGUGAAGGUGUUGCCAGUGAGAUGGUGUCCUGAAAAUUUUAGGUUACUUACUAAUAACAAUUUAUGCAGCUAAAAUAUCAUUUAGAACAAGGACAAUGUAUUUUACUUACACAGACUGCUUUCUAAACACAUUUGUUGUUGUUUAAAGAUUGCUGUGGAUCUCUGUUAUACACUCAGUCACACCAACAGUAUGAAGUUCCUAGAAAAGCUCUCAGCUAUCAGAGCACAGAAAAUGCUCUGUUAAGACCAAUUAUCAUGGUAAUACUAGCAGGAAGUGACAUUACAUCCUCCAGUACUUCCAUCUGUGAGGUUACUGUGCAGGCUCCCAUUUAAUACAGCGCCCACUAGGAUGCCUCUGACCAAGUGGUCCGUUUAGGACCAUACCUAACUAUACUAUCUCCCUAACCAGACCACUAUGUGCUACAGGGCCCCUGUUCUGGACUGGCCCCCUUAACAGGGUAGUGGUAGCAAAUUUUGGCUGAGGGAAGUUAGGGUGCAGGUUUGAAUCUGGAGAAAUAAGUAGUGCAAAGAAAGUUGAGAAUCCACAAAAAUCCUUUCUUGAGGGAAACAGAGAGGAGCAGUAUGUAGAGGAGAAGGAUAAGAUGUAUGACGUUUGGUGUGAGAUUGAAUUUUAUUAGCAAAAUGUUUCAAUCUCCCUAAAACUGUAUCUUUUAUGCCAUGGUCUGCUAUAAUUCAAAAGGUUAAAGGGACAUUAUAGGCACUCAAACCACUUCAGCUCAUUGAAGUUGUCUGGGUACAGUGUCUCUAUUGCACUUAGUGCUGCAAUGUAAAACGUUGCAGUUUUAGAUAACUUCUGGAAUGUUACCAGACUUUUGGUUAGCUAACUGACGCUGGACGUCUUCACGCUCUGCUCUAUAUUGCUUUCCCUAUGGGAAGAACUAACGCGCACUCGGAGGAGGCAGAGCCGCGACCCAGCACCAACGGACAUCAGCGCUGGGGUCAGGUAAGUAGAUAAAGAGUUUUAAACCCUUUAUUCACAUGGGGCAGGGCGUGACAGAAGGGGCAGGCAGAGCUAUAGAUGCAAAAUGAUACUAAUAUACAGGUGAGGGCGCCACUAUCAUAAUGGUGUGAAUAAUAUUUACCACUCAGACGGCAAGAAUUACAUGUUGAGAAAACAUAAACAGAAAAAAAUACAUAGUGAAGUAUUUAAUGGUUAAAAUAACAUAGAAUAAAUAACAAUGAAAUGAACUCACAAGUAAAGUAGCACAAAGAGAAUCAUAUCUGUUUGUGCAGAAAAGCUUGUAAGCCUCAAAGGGGGCUUACUCCCCAUCCAGUGGAAUGGGCCGUUGGUACCUCUUAAACCAAGUCCAGUAUUAAAGCAUCUGUCCUUUGUAUUCCUGGCACUAUAGUAUCCCUUUACAUCUAGAGACAGAAAAGUGGGAACCGAGAUCACAUUUCAUUUGGGAAGGAUAUGGGUUAUAUUGUAAUACAGGAAAUAAAAUUGCAGACACAAAAUCGAGGACUGUCUUAAUCCAGUUCACAUUUUGACAAAAAGUUUGUAUAGAAAAAAUGUUGUAUAUGGCGUUUUACUAGUUUAUAUCUGAUAUUGCCCACAAUGUAAGGUUGUCUUUCUUUGACUGGCAUGUUUAUACAAGCACAAUCUAUUCUUUCUUGCUGACUGUCUACUUAUUGGAUAGCACUGAGUUUGGGUGAAAUUAAACAAUAGGAAAAGAGUAAAUAAUCCAGAAGGAGAGAGUGACUGUCAGCUGCACAAAUUGUAUCGAAUCAAACAAAUAUUAUAUAUGUAAUGCAACUGGAGGACAGGAAAGUGAGAUUGGAUGAAGCAGUGUGAGAGUACACAAGACAAGGAUAAUCAGAUGUAAAAGUAAUUAAUCAUAUAAUGAGAGGAGAAAAAGGAAAGUGAAAGAUUUUGUGGUUUCUUUUAUAUUCUCACAAUAAAACCUCAUAUAACCAUUGCUUGCAUUAAGGAAAGAUUGGCUUGAUAUGUGUUCUAACUCAUAACUUAAAAAAAUAAGCCUAGCUAUAUGUGUGUGUGAUGUAGUUCAAUAGACCAUCUGUAACAUACACCAGUUGAUGUAUGAACUGCAAAGUCCAAGAUGCCUGUGAGGCUCAAACACGAUCAGCACAUGUGUACAGCAUAAUAGAAGGCCAGAAAGGAGUCCUGGAGAAUAAUCAUUCGCUGUCUCCUGCUGAGUGUAGAUUGGUUUGUAUUUGGAAUCUUUGUGGCGACUGAUCUUUGAUUGUGAUUCAUAACAACAUGACAGUGAUUUUUCUGUUUUGCAGGCUCAGUGUUAAUCAGAUUACUGAUGAAGGAGCAAGAGUUUUGUCUGAAGAACUUACUAAACAUAAGAUUGUCACCUUCCUUGGGUAUGUAAUAGUUGCUCCUAGUUACCUUUUAAAUCUUCCCCCUUUCUAUGAUUUUAAGCUCUAUUAUCGUCAAUGCCUGAGCAUCACCCUUUUCCCACUGUAAUCAUGUACACAAAUAAAGCUCCCCAAGUAUUCAUACAGUGUGUGUCGGAGUUGUGCUGUGUGUGGUGCAGUUUUCUGCCUGACACUGUGCUGGGUAUUCUGAGCCGGACGGGGGACCAUGCUGUAUGCACGCACAAACCGUUAAAGGAUUGGAUGGCUCAGUGCGGGAGAUAGACUUGUCCAAAUAUCAUCUGUGGGAAGUAGGUUGGAGACUAGGUACCACUUCCUUGUACCAUGACUAAUGCACUAAGCUGGAGUGUCUCUAAUUGGACUGUGACCCAGAGGCCAGAUAGUAACUUUUCCACUGCAAAAUUGUUAACUACUAAGGGCUAUAUUACACGUGUUGGAUAACUGACCGUAAAAUAAACCAUUCAUUAAAGGGUUACUCCAACCACCAUGAUAACGUCAGCUUUCAUCUUGAAAUGCUGCACAUAUGGAGAUAUUUGUGGUUUAGUACCGGUAACAGGUUGCACCCCCGGCACACGUGAUUUAAGCAGCCCAGAACUGUAUUUUUUGGCUGCCUUAUGUUUAUCCUGUGCAAAAAUUAUGUUUGUUGCCAGCGCGCACACCCCCUUCCUCCCUCCCUUCUUUUGAUGGCUUUUGAGAGCAGGCAUAUGCACUCUGAGCUGGAGAAACAGUCCAAUCAUAUCCUUCUCUAUGAGAAGCAUUUGUUUGGGCCACACAUUGGAGACAGUGACGUCGGAUGGAGGUGUGGAAUCCAGCGACGGGAGCGUCACACACGGUGGUGUAUUCCAGGUAAGUAAAAGCUUCUUUAUGCAGGUUUUCUUUCAAAAUUAAGCGUUGGGGGGGCAUUAUAAAUAGAAAAACUGUGUUAAAAAGAAUUGGAAUAAUCCUUUAAAACCUAGUUUAAUCCCCAGAAAUGAGUUACUAAUCUCUGGAAACAUGAGUGUGUCCUGAUCUAAAGAAUAUUUUAUUCUAUUCUGCAGGUUAUACAAGAAUUUAAUAACAGAUUUCGGUGCUCAAUACAUCUCAAGAAUCAUUAUAGAAUGUCCGAAUCUGAAGCAUAUAAAGUAAGUAAUAAAUAAUAUAUAUUUUUACUAAUGAUUCCACAGAAACAAAUAGUUCAUUAUUUUAUGCUGAUAUAACAGGAUAACAGAACAAAACUAUGGUUUCUUCUUAAUCAUAGAGGAUAUCUGCCAGAUAUGUAUUAAUGAGUAGAUGUUUCAGAGAAUUAGUUAAAAACUCACAGGUGAAGGUUAUUACAUUUUUCUAAAUAAAUGUCAGUUAAAAUUGGGAUAUACACAGUGAUACAGUAGACUCCGGUAGACGAUAUUUUGGCUUUUUACUAAUAUAACUUUCUAGAACGCCAAUAUGUAAAGUAUUCUGAUAGGAAUGUUAGCCGCUCCUUAGAUAGCCAUUAAAGCUGCAAUUUACUAAAUAUCAUUGCAGCUUCACAAGUUUAAAAAAGCCGGUUUUGUGACGUAAAUGCCGUGACACUCCAGCACAUAAUUACAGAGUAACUAGUCUCUCUCUAUUAAAAUGAAUACAUUAAAAUAAAUCUGUAAGGCACAUUGGACUUCACUAUAACUGGAUAGGGGCCCUAUGAGUGGCCCCUAACACAGACUCUAUGGGUUUUUUUUUAUGGCCAGAGAUCCCCAGCUCUAAAGGUUUUGGGAAGAGACCCCACCCUAGGGACCCCUACCCACAUGGGCAAAAUAUGAAAAGAUUAACUUCUUAUAGUUCCAGUGAAACAGGACAGAAAGCACCCCCAGGCCCAAUAAUUGACAGACCUAUACCUGUGCAAAGGGUAGCUUCCAGGCAUAACUGAUAUCCUCUUUAAAAAUGUCAUAUGAACAAGAGCAGUGUGGCUCUUUGUGUGACUUAAAGGGACACUAUAGUCACCAGAACCACUACACCUUAAUGUGUGUCUGCAAGCAUUUCAAUGUAAAAGCUGCCUUGUAACACCUCUACUGGCUAUAUUAAAGAUAUCUCCAGAAGUAGCUUUACUUCACUUAAAUUGCCCCCUAUACUCCCUGUGAACAAACUGAUUAUAUCUCAUUAAUUUCUAGCUACUAAAAUCAUUAUAUCUAGAUAUUGGGAAAAUGGAAAUAUUAUUAUUCUUUAGUCACAAGUUAAAAAUCAACUCAAAUUCCAGAUCAAAGUGGAGAAAAUGCUUAGCAUAAAAAUAUAAGCAGGAAACACCUCUAUGGGAUAAAUGUUGGGAAUUCAUAAAUAAUAGUCCAACUUCAUUCAUUUUGAAGAUACUUAGUAAAAUCUCCUUAUUGAAGUUCACACCGCUGGACAGGAUAAGCAAUACAAUUGAAAGUCAAUCUCAAAUAGCCAGUUACUUCUGUCAGUUUUGAUUAAAAGUUACUCCCCUCUCUCUCUCAGCAUCUCAUAAAUAGACAGCUUGUUUGGUACUGUUUUUUGUGUGAAGUUGUUUUCGUUUACUUGUUUGUCUGUUUGUUCGCUCGUGGUUGUUCAUAUUUCUAUUAUUGCAAAUCCUGGCUUGAUAAAUGUUCUAAAGUAGUAAUAUAUAUUUAUAUAUAUAUAUCAUUUUAACUUACUGGCAUGUAUCCUACGUACAUAGUAUUGUGUUCUGUAUGUCUUAUUUUGUAAAAAAAAAUAAACAAAUUCUUUAAUAACGAUUAUAAAAAAAAAAAUCAGACCGGAACUAGAGGUGCUUCCUAUCGCAGUGCAGCAGUGUGCAGGAAGAUUGAUUAUCUCAGCCAUUGAAAUGGGGCCAGCCACGAGGAGGGGGUGCCAGGUACCUAAACAUUGAACAGAUAACUAAAGUGUUACGAAUACAUGUUUGUAUUACUAACACUAUAGUGUUUCUUUAAGGAAUCUACAUAAUAUUGACAAUAUGAAAUGUUUGAUUGUAAUCCGAGAAAAAAUUACAUAUAAUAUCUAACCGUAAUUCUGUUUGUAUAUAGACUAGGUUACAACAAAUUUACAGGUGUGGGAGGUGCCCACCUUGCAGAGGCUAUUGGACAGAGCAGCAGCAUAUGUGACGUUGGGUACGUUUUAUUUUUUCACUUUUACAAUCUCUUCUGGCAUUUGGCCUCUCAGCCUAACUAAUCUCUCAAAGUAAGCAGCCAUUAACAAGCCAACUUUCACCAACUUUCUAGAAUACUUCUCUCCAACAUGGUUGACGGAGAGGACAUGUUCAACAGGGAAUGAUCUGUAAGUGGAGAGAGGCAGAGAUAGAAUUGAUAUUAUAUACAGAUAAAAUAAAGAUAAAUAAAAACAGAAUUUGUCGCAAGGCAGCUUAAUAAAACACAACCAGAACAUUAAAACAAUUCCAUAUGUUGACAGAACCCCCACAUUCAGCAAGUACUGUUGCAACAAGCAGCUGUACUAUACGCAGCAUUGUAUGCAGUUUUUUCAGGCCCUACCAAUCAUUUUUAUAAAGAUCGCUCCCCCCAGCCUUGUUGUGCAAACCACCUAUGAAGUUUAAUCUUCAAAGUCUCUCAAAUAGUGUGGGAGAAGACAGGAGGGAUAAAUGCAAACAAAAGCAAUGACAGGUUGACAGAGAAAUACAUGUUUUGGAGGGUGAAAACUAAUGUUGGCCCACAGGGGGAAGGUAAGUGUGGCUUUUUGGACUGCUUUGGGCUAAAACAAUAUUUUCCUGUGCCUACAUGUUUUUUGGUUGGAGCUAUGUUCAUCCUUACAUUUUUUAAAUUCAGACAUGUUGGAUUUGAGGAGAGAAAAUUAGCAUCUCCUGUUCAUGGCUAACAGCCAAUGGGACAUAAACAGCUACGGGUUGUGAAUCACUUACUGCUGCCAAGUAAACAAGCAUUCAGAUUGUCUCACCAAUUGCUUCUGUAUCAUCAUGGUUCUUCCUUUGCUGCAGGAUGUGGGGAAAUCAGAUUGGAGAUGAAGGAGCGAAGGCAUUUGCGAAGGCAAUAAGGAAUCAUCCCAGCAUGUCCGAGCUAAGGUAUCGCCAACUCCUCCUGUAUUUCCAACUGUGAUAGAACAAUGUUAAAUAAUAAAGACUUACGGCUGUCAUCCUGUGAUAGCCGUAAUGUGCGUGAAUGGCACUUCGUGUUUACAAAGACUUCAUCUGCUUUAAUAAAGACAAUGAAACAUUUGUAAAGAUAAAAAAAUAUAAAACAAAGGAUAAAUAGUUUCGAUUUUAUUUUACACGCGGUCAGGUUUAAGUAACAGCCCUUGUUAACAUGAGAGUACUGAAUGUAGUUGGUCCUGAAGGUGUUAAGGUAUAUAAAGAUCUGGCUAACAUGCAAAAGAUCCAGUAUAAAUAAAAAUAAAUAAAUAAUGUUUUAUAUGAGAUGCUGAAUCUGUAUCCACUGAACUAUCUCAAUGGCUCUCUAGUGUCAUGGGUUCAAUUUCAGCUCAACCUUUUUAUAUUUCUGAGCUCAAUAUAAUGAGUUCUAUUAAGUUGGGUAAUAUUAUUAUCUAGAACCCAGGACAAACUUGUUUUGUUAUGAUACAAUAUCAUUUUCACAUAAUAAGCAAAAAAAUGUAUCUUAGCAUGGAGAUAAAGAGAGUUCUAUCCAGAGCCUGGGUGUAAUAGCUAAAGUAACAUUGAAAAAUAUAUCUCAAUGUACACUCACAUUAUAGCUGCUCAGUAAAGAACUACUCAGAUAUAAUCUAUGGAUAUGGAUAUUUUGUCACCUAUGUAAUAUUUUUGUUCAGCCUGAAUACACGUUCCUUUUUUAUAAUUAUCUUCCCUACUGUCUAAUUUAAUCUCUGUUUUGUAUUGAUUUUCUCUGCCUUUAAGCCUCUUUAAUUGUAUUAUUUUAUUGAUAUCCUAAAUGUAUAAGUUGGUGUUUCUGUGCUACCGAUGGACACUUUCUUUCUUCCUUAGUUCCUGUUUCAUUCAUCCUUCCUUUAUCUCUCCGAAUUAGUGUUUCAAUACCGAACUUGUGACUUUUUCUGAACUUCCAUACACAUUCUUCUCUCUGCAGCCAAUCCUUCCCAUGUUUACCCCUUGGUUCUCCCUGAAAGAUUCGAUCCACCCAGAAUGUGUUUUAUUCCUUUAACUCCUUAAGGACACAUGACAUGUGUGACAUGUCAUGAUUCCCUUUUAUUCCAGAAGUUUGGUCCUUAAGGGGUUAAACAGAAUUGGAAUGUUUGAUCUAUGAUGUCAGAGUCAUAUGACCUCAGAACUCAUAUGUCAUACACAAUGCAUGCAAAGGCUCAGUUUGGCAGGAAGUAGGAAUAUACUUUUUGUAUGAAUCAAUAGUUUUGUAUUUCAGGAUUAUAUUUUAUUAUAAAGACCGUAACAAUAUGAUUCAGCAGCUCUUAUACUGCUGUCACACCGUGCUGAGUACACUGGGGGCAGGGCUGCCAUCAGAAAUUUUGGGGCCCCUGACACAGCUCAAGGUCUGGGCCCCCCGUGCCUGCACCCGAGUCCGCCCAAAGUGCUGCCCCCCCGCCCCCCGAGUCCGCCCACAGGGAUGCAGUGUCUGCAGGGCCGGUGCAAGGAUUUUUGCCGCCCUAGGCAAAAGUAAAGUUUGCCGCCCCCCCAUUUGACAUCACAAUGCCCCACCCAUAUGACUUGCCAUGUUAACUAACACCAGUGCUGCAGUGCCGCCGUGUUUACAUUAAAAGGCCUGCAGGGACAGGCUAGACACCAGAACCACUACAUUAAGCUGCAGUGGUUCUGGGGACUAUAGUGUUUCUUUAAUGUGAGGUAAAUUAGAGAUUAGUGCCAUUAAUAAUAUACUAGAUUGCCUACUUACAACCAGGUGAGGAUGAUGAUGGCCUCUAGCUGCAGUCUGGCUCCACUGGUCUGGUGUAGAACAGGCUCUCUGGAGGCUGUUUGUAACUGUGGUCACAAAAAUCAAUGUUCUGGGAGAACGGGAAGCAGCUCCAUUUUUUUGAGGGCCCUUUACACAGCUCAAGGUCUGGGUCCCAGGGUCCACCUUCAUGUUCCACCAAUGAGUUUGUUCACAGGGGGUGGAGUGUGUGUGGGGGGGAUGUCCUGAUGUGUGUAAGGAAUGCAUUGUGUGAAUCUGUGUUUGUAUGUGUAAGGGCUGCAAGGUAAGUUUGUGUAUGUAUGGGAUGCAGUGUGUGCGUCUAUAAGGGAUGCAUUGAGUGUGUGUAAGGGGUGCAUUGUGUGUUGUUGUGUGUAAGGGAUGCAUUGCUUGUGUAUGUGUGUCUGUGUGUAAUGCAUUGUGUGUUUUUCUGUGUGCAAGGGGUGCAUUAUGUGUGUGUGUGUGUGAUGGAUGUCAAUCUCUCCUCCUCCCACCGUCAAUUUCCUUCUCCUUGUCCCCCCCUCUCCAAUUACCUUCUCCCCCCUCCAAUUUCCUUCUCCCCCUCCCUCUCCAAUUUCCUUCUUCUCCCCCUCUCUCCAAUUUCCUUCUUCUCCCCCUCCCUCUCCAAUUUCCUUCUUCUCCCCCCUCUCCAAUUUUCUCCAAUUCUCCUUCUUCUCCCCCCCUCUCCAAUUUCCUUCUUCUCCCCCCUCCAAUUUCCUUCCUCUCCCAGGAGAAGAGGCUGGCCCAGUGGGUACAUACUGGGGUCGCGGGGCCACCUGCGACCCGGUAUGUACACCACUGAAUGUGGGGCCCGGACGACCUGAGCAGUCCGGGCCCCCCAGGACCGCCGGGCCCAUGACAACUGUUACGAUUGUCAUGCCCUGAUGGCGGCUCUGACUGGGGGUGUACAUUGAGUGAAAGAGAGAACAUCACCUGAUACCCCAAAUUAAUGUGAUACUGAUGCAGUUAUUUCAAAUAUUAAAGAUGUGUUAGUUAAGGGGACACUUUAGUUUGAGAUUGUAUGCAUUUGUUCUUGUAAUACAUUGAAAAUAAUAAAAAGUUAUACUGGAUCCAAUAAUGAUGUCUUAAAGGGACAAUCCAGACUCCGAACCACUGCCGUGCGCAGUAGUGAUUAUGGUGCCCGAGUCUUCUGUAGUAGUGAUUAUAGUGGCAGAAGUCUUUUUUUCAAAUAAUAUGUGGGCUCCCCAACUGGGCACUACCUUCUUCAGAUAUCAUUAAGGCGGAAGUCCCUAUUUCUGCAUUAAUGACAUUUACUCACCGGUGUUUGGAUAGUUGAGAGUCUUGGUCUUUGAAUCUAUCUGUCUUUAUUUCUCCUCUACAUAUAAAUCAUAACAUUGGAUUUUUUCUUUUUCUUUUUAAUGUAUCUAUUUUAUUUUUCAGUCUUGCGUGUAAUCAAAUUACCUCAAGUGGAGGCAAAAGUAUUGCAGAAGCCUUGCGAGACAAUACAAACCUGAACAUUUUGUGGUAAUUAAAGUUAUACGCUGCACUCCUAUGUUUGAAUAAUAUGCAUACUUAGUGUUCUAUAGUUACCAUUAUUUAUUAUCAUACCUCCCCAGAUAUAAAAACAGAAGGUCGUGAAGUGAGCUAACAGGAGACAUGCCAGUGGCAUUUUGUUGUUGUGACACAGUAGGGGUUGUAUAUACACAUAGGCUUUUUAGAUACAGAAGUUGUUUGUGGGGCUCUCCUGAAGAACUCUCUUAUAGGUAGGAUAGCCUGAUAUAUUUUUCAAUACUUUGCUAUUUUUUAUAUAUAUAUUUUUUUAUAUUUAAAAAUUAUCAGAAAAAUAAUUUUAGAAAUGUGUCCAAAAUUAUUAAAUAAUUUGAAACGCUUAUCCAGAAAUAUUAAAUCACAGCGACGGGUGACGAUGCAGCUUUAAAAUGAACUGUUGGGUCACAGAUUAAGAGGAGAAUUAUUUUCCACAGUACCAGCACUUCUAAUAAUGCUCUGGCACUGUACAUAUUGAGGACUUGUUGCUGAUGUCCUCAGAAGUGGGACACUAUAGAUUAAACAAGGGACAGAUUCCAAAAUUCUGUCUAGCUGGCCACAGUACUGUUUUGAGUUGUGUAUUAUUAUUUUCAUGUCAGUUUUCUGCUGAGUAAAAUAGAGAUAUUGCAAGGAGUGUGAAUGUUUACAUUUAUAUGUUUACUGUCUCUAUGAUAGUUUAUGUAUCGGUCUUUAAUUAAAUCCCUCAUUUAAAAACGCAGGUUGACUGAAAACAAAUUAACAGAUGAGGCAGCGGAAAGCUUUGCAGAAAUGCUGAUGGUUAACAAGACUCUUCGCCAUUUAUGGUGAGUUGUUUCACUUGUCAUAAUAUGAUUUAUACUUCGUAGACUGUGAUUUCGGAUCUUUUUCACAAGCUGUGUUGCAGCAUCUCAUGUGUAAAAGAGUGGACUGGUUGCUGUAUUUUAACAAGGAGGAGCAGUUAAAGGACCACCAUAGUGCCAGGAAAACAAACUAGUUUUCCUGCCACUAUAGGGUCAUUAGGUCCCCUCCACCCUCAGGGCCCCCUCCCACUGGGCUGAAGGGGUUGAAACCCCUUCAGCCACUUACCUUUCUCCAGCACCGGGCUCCCUCUGUGCUGGGGAACUCUCCACCCCCUGCCGACGGCAGGUCCGAAUGCACAUGUGCGGCAAGAGCCGCGCCGUAUUUAAACCACCAAUAGGAAAGCAUUACUCAAUGCUUUCCUAUGGACGUCCAGCGUCUUCUCACUGUGAUUUUCACAGUGAGAAUUGCGGAAGCGCCUCUAGCGGCUGUCAGUGAGACAGCCACUAGAGGCUGGAUUAACCCUCAGUGAAACAUAGCAGUUUCAGAUAAACUGCUAAGUUUUCAGCUGCAGGGUUAAAACUAGGGGGACCUGGCACCCAGAGCACUUCAUUAGGCUGAAGUGGUCUGGGUGCCUAUAGUGGUCCUUUAGUAAGGGAACAAACAGGAGACUACUGCAGCUCUCAUACUGUCCUAUGUGUAUACAGAACCCUUGUAUCAGAGCUCUAUAGAAAAUAUUCAAAUUAUUGAAAUAGUUAGCAGUGUGUAAAUGAAUGCAUGAGUAUGUCAUAGUGUGAUCCAGGCACACUUUAAUGAGAGCCAGAUUGUCCUCACUAUCCCCUAUUCAGUUCUAUGUUGGUACUUUUGCAUGAGUUUGGGUUAGUUUUCAAUGUGUUUUUUUUUUAUAAGAAAGUUAUGAUUAUUUCUGUAAAAAACCUCAUUAUCACAGGAGAAAAAAAAAGUGUUUUUAAUUUUUUUUUAAAUUAGUUGUUUUUACCGCACACUCGAACAUAGGCCUUGAUUUAAUAUAAUAUGUAUAGGCUUGUCACAUGAUUUAACAUUUUUGGAAAAAACUUUUAGAAUGAUUUAAUAAUUAGAAAAAAUAUUUUUAAUAUUUCGCUAUUUUUUUGUGUAUUUUAACAUUUUGAAGAAAAAAAAUAUAUUUUAACAGUUUGUCCAGCAGUAAUAAAUCAUUUGAAAAGUUUAUCCAAAAAUAUUAAAUCAAGGUGACAGGGGCGACAGUGCAGCAUAAAAUGAACUGUCGGGCCACCGACUAAGUGGAGAAUUAUUUUACCGUUAUAUUUCUGAUUCUUUGCAGAGAUUUAACAUGGAAAAAACAGGUUCUAAAUAAGGAGACAUCACCAUGGAAAUCAGUAGAAAAAAUAACAUUUUGCCAUAAAUCACCAUUUAUGUUGUUUUUUUUUUUUAUGACUUGUUACUUAGCUUUUCAGUAAAGUUUGGAUAAAAAAAAUGUAAAAACUAUCAGAAGAUGGAAAAUGGUUUGAAAAAACAAACUGAUUUUAACAUUAAGCUUAGCGGUCAGUUAAGUCACUUUGUUUAAUGUUGUCUAGGUAAUGUAACAUUUUAACCUAUUGUCUCCCUAUAGGCUUGUCAAUAACACCAUUACAAAUGAGGGAGCCAAUCUUUUGUCUAAGGCCAUUGAGCACAAUACUGUCAUCGAAGAGAUUUGGUAAGAUUUUAAACAUAUUUGUUUACCAGACAUUGUUUUUUUCGUAAUUGUGAGGCUUAGAAUGCUUACUAGCCUCUUCCCUCCCAUCUCUGUUUCAAUUACUGCAUGAUUUGUGAUCCCAUAUAUUUGCAAAAACUUUUCAUCCACCCAGUGAAUAAAUAACAUUUGGCACUUUUGCAUAAUUACAUUUUUUAGGUAUUUAUGAAGAGAAAUCUAUACAUGACAUUAGUGUUUUAUCCUACACUAUGAUCAUUAUGCAUCAUUAGUGUUGUUGUUGUUUUUUUUAUUAACUUUAAAAAAACUUGCUUGUGACUGGGUUGAAGUAAUAUUCAAAGCACCAUAACCACUACAGUGUAGUAUACCAGGAGUAUCCUGAUGUCCCCAUUAUUGUAAAUAACCAAGCUGUUUUAGUGCAACUUAACUUCCUACCUGGAGUCCAUCAGGUAUACCUUCCUGCCUCCACCACGUCCGAUGGAGUGCCAAAAGCUAUGGGCUUCUGGGCUUAUCACAAAAUGAGAACUUCUGGUGUUAGAAGCUGUGACCAGGGGGCCCACGUAAAAAGUUAAAGUGUUGUAAAUCGGAUUGACUACUUACAACAAAGGGGAAUACGAGGGUACACUUUGUACCAUAAGCACUAAAGUGUGCUGUAGUGGUUAUGGUGCAUUGAGUGUUCCUUUAAUGAAAAAUGUGAAGGCCCAAACUACUAUUGAUAUGUGUGUUAAUCAUAACAUCUCUGCUGUCUGCCUAAUACAGCAGAUUAUACUGCAAAAGUGCUUCAAUUUGUGUGUGUCUGUCAAUGUGUGUGUGUAUAUGUGUGUGUGUGUAUCUGGUAGUGUGUGAGUAUGUUUGCCAAUGUGUGUGUCUGGCUCUAUGUAUAGAUGAUCCUGUGUGAUUGAAAAUAUAUAUCGGUAUAAUUGUGACCCGGGGAUGUUUUUUUCUGUGAGUGUGUGUGUGUGUGUAAUCUAAAAUGUGUGUGUCUAAAUGAGCCCCCCGGAAAUCUGAAUGGUAAAAUGUUGGCAAUAGCUGAUAUGGAAAAAUUCUCCAACUACGCUAAAGUCUUAUCUUGGCUAUUUUAGCUCACAUUUUGUCAUUACUGAUUCAUGUGGAAAAUAAAAUCAUAUUAAUCACAUAAAUUCCUUUUUCACAUGGAAAUGAGUAAUAUGAAAGGAACUCACAGUGAAAUCACAGCAAAGACGACUGAAGCAUUCUUGUGGCCUGGUCUCUCAGGGUCUCAGUGCAAAAAACAACAAAACACACUUUUUUUUCGUUUAAUUUUUUUUGGAUUUUUCUCAAAUUGUUGAGGAAAUUUCACUACACCCAUGCAACACGUAGGAUGAUAUUAUGGUCAUAGGCUCUGAGUAUGUGAUUUUAUUACAGCUACAAUUGUUGUAUACGUUUGCAGUACUUACCUUGAACUGGCUUGACAGUCUUGUGUAGAAUUUAUACAGUUCUCUAGCACAGUGUCAUUGUAUUGGCAGUAAAACCAUAUUAAUAAAUCUGCCCCUCUGUCUAUCUGUAUCACUUAUAAUGAGAGGGUCAGGAGUGCUUAUAUCCCAGCUGUUUGUUCCAAGUGUAAAUAGUAAUGUAAAGGGACACUCCAGUGCCAGGAAAACAAUCCGUGUUCCUGGCACUGCAGGUCCCCUCUCCCUCCCACCUCCCAAUCCCUGGUUGCUGAAGGGGUGAGGGACAUCGGCGGUGGUUUCGGGUCACCGUCGCUCCUCCUCUUCAUUACGUCGUCUGUUGGGGGAGAGACCGAUCCCACCGGCCGGCCACGGAGACCUAAUGCGCAUGCACGUCAAUGCCGCGCACGCGCAUUAGAGCUCUCCAUAGGAAAGCGUUGAAAAUGCUUUUCAGUGCUGUCCUAUGGGGAAUUGAGCGAUGCUGGAGGUCCUAACACAGCGUGAGGACAUCCAGCGACGCUCUAGCACAGGUUUUCUGUGCUAUGGACCAGGAAGUGCCCUCUAGUGGCUGUCUAGAAAGCCACUAGAGGUGGAGUUAACCAUGCAAGGUAAUUAUUGCAGUUUAUAAAAAACUGCAAUAAUUACACUUGCAGGGUUAAGGGUAGUGGGAGUUGGCACCCAGACCACUCCAAUGGGCAGAAGUGGUCUGGGUGCCUGGAAUGUCCCUUUAAACAGUGGGACUAGGAAUGUGUGGCAAUUUGUCGUGAACUGAAAAAUGGAAUAGCCAUGUUCAGCCUAAAGUAACCAAAUCAGUUUAGAAUUUUUCAAAAUCAGCUAUUUUGGCCUAACUUUGUGAUUUGUGUUUUCAUUCACUACAUUGUGCUGUUUAGUGAAUAAACCCCUAAUAACAGAUUGCAGUGUACACAUCGCUCAGCUACAGUCCUAUUUUUACCGCGCUGCUUAUUGGAAAGGACUGAGUUUAAAUCGCAUGGACAUUUAUCGAACACACAGGAUCAUAGAAUUGAAUACUUGCAGUGAUAGCUUUGGGGAUGAAAUAGAGAAUAUUACAAUAUAAAUUAUUUCUAAAUUUGAUUUUUUUUGUUCUCUUUUGUCUUUAUUCAGUUUACAAGGCAACUCACUUACCCAAGAUACCGAUCACCUUUUACAAACCAGCAGCCGAAUCUUUUGUCAAUGAGUUCAUGUUGGUUGAAGUUUGACAUAUAGGAAUUUGGAGAAGAGAGACAUCUUGCAUUGUCUGCUGUAUUCAUGAACUCAUCAGUGAUGGGUAACGGCAAGCUCUGAGGACAAUCGUGAGUGCAUAACACUAGCUACAUCCCGAGGACUGGCAUUUCUUCCAAACAGCACAACAGACAGUAAUUCUAAUUAGGCACAUUGUAUAGUAAAAACGACAUAUACCUAUGUGGAAUCCGGUUUGGAAACCUUACAUGAUGUAAAUUUGUGAGAAUACCCUUUUUUGACAAUUGAAUAUGCACAUAGUGGACUUUUUGCUAGCUGUAUAAAUUGUGAAAUCAUUAAACUAUAAAGAUGCAAGCUGUAAAUACUUAAGGGACAAAACGUGCAGAUUUCAGUAGAAACAUCUGUAAAUGAGUCUUGUUACACCCCCUUAUCUGUUAAUGAGAGCACUGGUCCUGCAACUUCCUGGUUUGGUUUCGUUAGUUCAGUGGAACUAAACUUAAGAGGCAGCAAUUGCUCAGAACACCUGCCUUGCAAAGACUUCUCAUUGAGCUGCACUGGAAAGUCUGAUCGGACAGCCACAGAAAGUCUGGGCGGGGUUAGAAGAGGAGGGCUUGCAAAGGCUGCUGACAAGAGAUCUGCAGCUUUUGCAAGUUGUUUUAAAGGGACACUAUAAUCACCAGAACAACUACAGAUUAUUGAAUUUGUUCUGAUGAGUAGAAUCAUUACCUUCAGGCUUUUUGCUGUAAACACUGUCUUUUCAGAGAAAAUGUAAUGUUUACAUUACAGCCUAGUGAUAACUUCACUGGCCACUCCUCAGAUGGCUGUUAGAGAUCCUACCUGGGUCAUGGCUGCCUAAAAUGCAUCCAAACGUUCAGUAUCUCCUCCCUCUGCAUGCAGACACUGAACUUUCCUCAUAGAGAUUCAUUGAUUCAAUUCAUCUCUAUGAGGAGAUGCUGAUUGGCCAUGACUGUGUUUGAAUUGUGCUUGCUCUGCCCCUGAUCUGCCUCCUUGUCAGUCUCAGCCAAUCCUAUGGGGAAGCACUGUGAUUGGAUCAGGCUACCACUUCUGAUGAUGUCAGCAGACUGCUUGUUUUUUUUAGGCAAACAGCAUGCAGAUCUACAGCUUCAGGCUUGAAUACAAUAUAUUUAUGGAGGCAUGAGGGGCCCAGUGGGGCUAGAUGGUGGUUUUAACACUAUAGGGUCAGGAAUACAUGUUUGUUUUCCUGACCCUAUAGUGAUCCUUUAAGUCAGUGUUUCCCAACCCAGUCCUCAAGGCACACCUACCAGUCCAGGAUUUAGGGAUUACCCAGUUGUGUCUAAGGUGUUUUUUUUCUUCUUUGUAAAAACACCUUAGACACAACUGGGUAAUCCCUAAAUCCUGGACUGGUAGGUGUGCCUUGAGGACUGGGUUGGGAAACACUGCUUUAAGUUAUACCCACAAUGACUAAUAGAGUUAUACCCAAAACUGCAUAAUUAAAUACAUGCAUGUUUUCAUUGUGGGCGUAUAUACUAUAUAGUGAUUUUUAUUUUGUAUUUGGGCAGUGGAAUUUCCCUUUACCAUAGUUCAUGUGAUAGCUAGGGAAAUGGGAAUGCUGAAUAAUUACUAUUACAAGCACUUUUUGUCUGUAGGUAUUUUUAUUUUAAUUGCUGGAAAUGAACCACACUUUGAAAUGUUUCAUUUAUUUAGAUAGUAGGUCAGUAUCUGGUUAUAGAUAGUCAUUUUUAUAGUAGUAUGUAAAUGUUACAUGCAAGAAACCCACUGCAAUGUAUCUGUUUAAAACCAACACCCAUGGCUUCCUUCCUUCAUUCGGAAUGCACUGAGGACAUGUUACUCUAGGUCAGUUAGCCAAUUACACCAGGGGAAGGCUAGAAUAAUUCUGCAAGAACACACAGAAAUUGGACAAUAUGGAAUGGUUUUCACCAUAAAUCCCAUCCCACCAAAUAUAUUGGGUUUAGUGCAUGCUGCUACUAGUAAAAGGAAAGCUGGAAUUACUAAUUGUGAGUACUCGUCAAUAAGCCAUACUUGGUUAUUUACUAGUAGGAGAUUAGUGGGGAGUUUAAAAUGAAUUAUGCACAUUUUCCCACAAUCUCAGUUUAAAGUCAGAGAAGCUGAAUGGGAAGCAUAACUCACUGGGAGACUAUUUGCAGUUCAACUUCUUUGGCCUUAUAUUUGAAAUUCACUUUGAAUUACUGACAAUUCUUACUUUAGUAAAUAAUCCUGAUUGUGUUUUAUACAGAAAUCUGUUUUUAAUGUGUGUGUGUGUAUAUAUAUAUAUAUAUAUAUAGCUAUUUUCAUUUCUUUAAUUUAGGUUUUGGCAAGAAAGCGUAUAUGUAAAAUAUAUAAAUAUUUG